AAUUUAUUAUAUUUAGAUAAUAUGGCGAGAUAAUCUUCUUUUAUCAAAGCAUGCAAAACAAUUAAUAUUUAGUGUCAAUGAUGAAUUUUGUAGAGUGGAGUGUGUUUAUUGUAUUGGUAAUUGCAAAAAAAGUGAAUUCUCAAGUUGAAGAUAAUCCAAUUAAAUAUUGUCCGGAAGAUAAAAAUUAUACCAAAAACUGUAAUAUACGUGAUAGUAUUAUAAAUUUUGCAUAUUGGAACCAUUGGGCAGGAUAUUAUUGUUAUAAAUAUACUAAUAAGGAUAGGUUUAAGGUAAAAAAUAAGCUACUUGUUACUUAUUGUGAGGAACCAUAUUCUGAUCCAAUCUAUCUAUUGGAAACGCAACCAAAAUACGCAUCUUUUGAUUACAAGGAUGAAGUAAGCCUAAAUAGAAUAAAAUCCUUGUUUAAAACCGCCGAAUAUUUCGAUAUAUACCUGGACUGUGUCAAAUCUGCAGAAGCAUGUUGCGAAAAUGAAAUGAACAACAUUAAUAUUGAACCCACGACGGAGUACUGUCCCGUCAUCUGGGAUGCGUGGGAUUGCUUUCCGCGAACCAAGGUCAACACCACCGUAAAAAAAUCCUGUUCCCAGCAGGCUUUUUCCUCAUUCGAAGCGCAUUGCGACUUAAACAGCGAGAAGACCUGUGGCUGGGACGAAGAAAAUCAACAAGCAAAAUGGGUGGAUAAAACAAACUACGACACGUGCGUUUUGGCGACGUACUACAAAAAACGGCACGAAUUCAACGUUUACACGCUGUGUAUCACCAACGCGAUAUCCUUUCCAGCGAUUGCGAUAUUUUUGGGGGUCAGCAAAUUACGCUCGAUGACAAAAAUGAACUUGCACUGCAACCUGCUGAUCGCCAUCGUCAUAAGGAACGUGCUGACGAUCAUGUCGAAGGAAUUGAUACUCAUCGAUCAGUUGGUGCCGGAUACCAAGAAUGUUAUGGUUGAGAACAGCGUUGGUUGCAGAGUGCUGACUUUUCUGGAGAACGUUUUCAAGAACGGCAUCUUCGCGUGCAUGCUGGUGGACGGGUUUUACAUACACAAGGAAAUCGUGAGGAAUUUCGCCAGGGAACCAAACAAGUACGUCUUAUUCGCCAUGUCUGUGGUUCUCUCGGUAACACCAUCGUUGGUAUGGGCCACGGUAAAAGCGGUUAACAACAGGGACUUUUGCUGGCUGACAGACUCCAACAACGAGCAGUGGAUCGUCGACGGGUUUAGAGUUGGCGUGAUGACGAUCAACGCGAUAAUCCUAUUGGACAUUCUUAGGACCAUUUUCACGAAGAUGAAGCAAGGGGGCGCUUCUAGGCAGGCCAAGGCCGCCCUACGAGCCACCUUCAUCCUCAUAUUUCUCUUUGGGUUGCACUUUGCCAUCACAGCCAAAAAGGUGGUGUUCGACGACAGUUGUUUGGCUGAAGAUGUCUAUGAGUACUUCCGGUACGGCAUGGAAGCCCUGCAAGGCAUCAUGGUGGCCAUACUAUUUUGCUAUGCAAACGUUGAGGUCCACAGGGAGUUGAAGAAAACCUACUUGAGAUUCCAACUGUACAUGGAGGAGAGGUUUGGUUGGAAAUUUAAGAUACGAGGAGAAGUUAGAAGACCUACCUCAGCGACCUAUGUGGGAUCUUAACAUGUUUACUUUGCACUGUAAAAUGUAUAAAUAAAAUAAUUUUUUACUGUC